AGAGAUCUCUAUGGUACCGGCAUACGCUCCUGCGCUCUCUAGUACGGCGGCUGGACUCUAUGGUUGGCUGCGGGUUGUACCAUUUCAUUGUGCAGAGGGGGGGAACAGUUUGUGGCUGAGGAAGAUGGCGCAGGCUUUGUCCGAGGAGGAGUUCCAGCGGAUGCAGGCGCAGCUGUUGGAGCUCAGGACCCAGAACUAUCAGCUGUCGGACAGUCUGCGGAAGAACAGCCAAGAACUCUCGGCACUCCGACAGAAGCAUGGAUCAUUGGAAAAGGAGUUUGGCAAAGCACAGAAGGCUCUCAUCAAAAGCAAGAAGGCUCAGGAGGUGGAGGCUCUGCUUGGGGAGAAUGAGAUGCUUCAGGGGAAGUUGCACAGUCAGGAGGAAGAUUUCCGGCUACAGAACACUACACUGAUGCAGGAGCUCUCCAAGCUUUGCACUCAGAUUGAACAGCUAGAGGCUGAAAACACGAGGUUCAAGGCUGGGCAGCCUGCAGUACCAAACAGUUCAGGAGAGGAAGAAGUAAUGAGGCUCCAAGCAGAAAACACAGCACUACAGAAGAGAAUUACAACCCUUCAGGAACGCCAUGAGAAAGACAUUGCCACCCUGAGGUACCCUGAGUCUAACGGGCACAGUGCCACAUAUGUAGAGGAUGGAGCAUGUGCAUCCAAAACCCUUGUGGAAACGGAUGGACAGGCUAAUGCCAAGCAGGACAGCUUGAUUGCCGGCAGCUGGGAGCCAAUCACAGAGGAUCUGCAAGGACUCAAACUGAAAUUAGAGACACAUUCUGAAGAAAAUCGUCUGCUAAGAGUGCAGAUAGAGAGUCUUCAGGGGCAGAUGGUCAAUCUACAGGAGGAACAAAGCAAGACAGUGGAAAAGCUGAAGAAAAAACAUGAGAGCUACCUACAGCUACAGAUAGAGAAGGAGGCGCUGUACAAUGACAGCAGGACCAAAAUUGAGGAGCUUCAACAGAAGAAAGAAGAAGAUAUGAAAUCUCUGACCUUGAGGAACCAGAAAUUGCAGCAGGACAUGCAGGCAGCACAGCAGAGCUGCAUGGAGCUGAGAGAGCAAUUGCAGAGCCUGAAGCAGGAGCACGAGAGAGCCCUCCAUGGUGUACAAGAGCAGGUGGCAUGGCAGAGUGCAGAGAGCCAGGAGCAGGUGGACAACAUUCUGUCUGAGAACGAUGCCUUACGCACCAAUCUAGCUGCAUUAGAACAGAUUCAGAGUUCCAGGACCCAAGAGCUGACUCUUCUACAGGAGCAGAAUGCAGCUCUCUCACUUGAACUGCAGCAGCAACAUCAUGAAAUGGAAGCAACUCUGGCUCAGAAAGAGGACCUAAAGACUCAGCUGCAGGAGUCUCUCCAUGCCAACCGCCGUCUGCUGGAGCAGCUUCAGGAGAAGGAGCAGGAGAGAGGGCAUCUUCAGCAGGACCUGGAUGAAGCACGCAAGAUAGCUGAUAAGCGGAAAGCUAUGUUGGAUGAAAUGGCCAUUGAGAUGUUGCAGGAAAAAAGUCGCCACAAAGAUGAGGUGGGAAAUAUCAAGCUCCAGCAUGAGAAGGAGGUGCUCAGUAUACGAGCCAAAUAUGAAAAGGAGCUCCGAGAACUUCAUGAAGAGAAGAACAGAGGGGAAGAGGAUCUGCGGGGGCAGCUAAGGGAUGAGAAGGCUCGGAGCAGGGAGUUGGAAGGGCUUCAGCAAAAGUCAGAGGAACUGCUCCUACAGAUUCAGUCACUAGAGGGAACCAAAGGAUGGUUUGAGCGGAGGCUGAAGGAGGCAGAAGAAAAUAUGGAGAAGGAUCAGAUGCAGCACCAAGAAGAUUUAGCCAAGAUGAAGAGCGAGCAUUCAGCAAACUUAAAGCUUAAAGACCAAGAGGUGGGAGCCAUCACCCAGAAGCUGGAGGAAAGUGCAAAAGAGAAAGUGGAUCUUCAGGAGACUAUUAACCAGCUGAGGCAGGAGCUGAAAGACACAGCCGACGGGCAGCGAAUACUAGAGAAAAAGGGCAGCUUGGCACUGAAAGACCUGAAAAGGCAGUUACACCUGGAAAGGAAGAGAGCAGAGAAACUACAGGAGCGAUUACAGGAGAUUCUCACAAACAGCAAGACCCGAACAGGAUUGGAGGAAUUGGUGUUGGCAGAGUUAAGUUCCCCAAGUCGGGCACAGACUGGCGACAGCAGCAGCAUCUCGUCCUUCAGUUACAGGGAGAUCAUGAAGGAGAAUGCAACCCCCAGUGGCAAUAAGUCCAAUACGGGGAGUCCACAGUCCCAGACACACAGGCCGGCUGAGCUGUCGGAUGAAGAGGUUUCAGAUCUAUUCCAGAGACUGGCAGAGAUUCAGCAGGAGAAGUGGCUGUUGGAAGAAAAGGUGAAGCAUCUGGAGGUGAGUAGCGCCUCAAUGGCAGAAGAUCUGUGCAGAAAGAGCUCCAUCAUUGAGGCCUACGUAAUGGACAGCAGGAUCGAUGUGUCUGCCCUCCAUGGCCAAAUGGAUCGGAGCAGCCUGGGCAGUGUCUUAAGGGACCUGGUGAAACCGGGAGAUGAGAACCUGAGGGAGAUGAACAAAAAGCUGCAGAACAUGUUGGAGGAGCAGCUCACCAAGAACAUGCACCUACAGAAGGACCUGGAAGCUUUGUCGCAGGAGAUUGUACGGCUGAGCAAGGAAUGUGUCCCGGGUCAGGAGAAUGAGUCCCUGGAUACAUUGAGCUGAAGUGGUCGCCCCCCCCCCCCCUUAUAUCCCAUUGGCCCCAUGUCUUUCUCUUCGUUCUACAUAUCAGCCCUGCCUCUAACAACCCCCCAUAUUCACUUUGGAUUUCCUAUGCCCCCCUCAAGAAUUCCUGCCUGUUGUCCUUGCCACACUGCUUGGUACACAGACUGCACUUUCCUUGCACCUCCUGUUUGUUCCUUGUACCCCCCUCUCUCUGGCAUUUCUCUUGUGCCAUCGCAUGCCCUGCUGCAGGACUGGCACCACAGCUUAAUCACUGCCCUGAACUGUUUGUUUGUGGGGUUCCCUAGAGAGCUGUGCAUUAUGUACAUGUACCCCCUCACACACCAGGCAGAGCUACAUGUACCCCACAGAAUAAUCCUCUACUCAGCAAGGGUUGUACUUGUGAGAAGCUCAGUCGCUGGCUACUGACCCCGUCUAACUUCAUUAUGUAGUAGCACAUUCUUGGGUAUAUUGUGUAUAGUCGUGUUGUUUUAUUUAAAUGCUGGAGAAGUUUAGUCACUUUUUAUAUGCUUGCGCGGGGGAAUCCAUUUCUUGGUUCUCCUGUGACCUUUCCUCUUCUCUUUCUGCAAAGGGCAGCUCUGUGUUGCUUUAUGGCAGGAAUUUUAGUCUCAGGAUCAGUUACCCUUUAUCUCUAAGGUUUAGACUUUUGGGCACUGCUCCCCGUCCCGCCUGCUGUGAGUGAUAAGAAGGCACAGUUACAUUGUACUGUAAAAUUCUGGGGAAUCUGACUAAUGUGACUGGAACCCACACUAAUCCUUGCUCUUAUGUAAUGACGGUACCCCCUUAAAUUCAAAGUUGUGCCCUGCGAGGGAAAGCACCAGUGCCUGCUGGGAACGUUUCCACUGGGCAGUGCCCGUUGUCUACACAAACUCUCAUGUCACCCAGGCCCAGUGCCAGGGCUGUAACAUUUCUCUGAAUAAAGUGUUAACCCGUA